AUGCCGCCUUCCAAGACUUACCUCACCCCUCUGGUGAUCCCUCCCCUAAGACCCGACAAGCACACCCACACCCUCAUCCUCCUCCACGGCCGCGGCAGCAACAGCGAGCGCUUCGUCUCCGUCUUCCUCGAGACCACUGAGAUCGCGCACCAUCUAGCAACAACCAAGUUCGUCUUCCCGACUGCCAAGAAACGUCGCUCUACGGUGCUUAACCGGAUCCCGAUCCAUCAGUGGUUCGAUAACUAUUCUCUUGACGAUCCGAAUACGCAGACGGAGAUACACGUCGAGGGGUUAGAGGAAUCCGGUCGGUUUUUGAGGACGUUGGUUGAUGAGGAAGCGCGGUUGCUGGGCGAGUAUGAGGCUAAUGGGCCCGGCGCUGGGAAUGGGUAUGGCCGCGUUGUGGUUGGGGGGUUGAGUCAGGGCUGUGCGGCGUCUGUGUUUUGUCUUCUUGCGGGGUGGGAGGAUGGGCAAGGUACUAAACGACUUGGGGGAUUUGUGGGGAUGAGUGGGUGGUUGCCUUUUGAGAGGGAUAUUUCGGGGUUGUUGGGAUUGAUGGGGGAGGAUGGAGAUGAGGAUACAGGUGACGACGACGAUGAUGAUCCUUUCUUCCACGAUGACGAGGAGAAGGACAUCCCUGCUUCUAUCCAGGCACUGAACCUUGUUCGAGAUGUCCUCGAUCUACCACCCUUGCAAGGGGUGGUCCGAAAUGAAGUCUCCGAGUCUCGUUCACCUCCCACGCCAAAUCUACAAACACCUGUCUUCCUCGGCCAUGGAUCGGCAGACCCCAAGGUGUCGGUGCAACUCGGACAACGAAUGGCGUCUGUCCUGUCUGAGGGUUUUGGGAUGGAUGUGACUUGGAAGGCGUAUAAAGAUUUUGGACAUUGGUACAAGGUACCAGAUGAGAUUGAUGAUGUGGUGCAUUUCUUGAAGGAGAAAGUUGGCAUACCAGGUGUUGGUUGA